GAAUCUCCCUUGCGAUUGGCUGCCUGAGGAGCGCCCGGAAGGCUCUGCCAACGGGGGCCGUUGAGCGACGGUCUCGGCGAUGGAGGGCGGCGGCUCCGUGUCCAACGUGGAGCUCUGCAACUUGGCCUACGCGGGCCUGCUGGACGAGGUGAAGGAGCGCCUGGCUGCCAACCGGAGCUUGGCCACGCGCGCCGAUCAGGAUAACAGGACAGCCCUGCACUGGGCAUGUUCAGCUGGACACACAGACAUUGUCGAUCACUUGCUAGAUCUGGGAGUUCCUGUUAACGACAAAGAUGAUGCUGGCUGGACUCCUCUGCAUAUUGCAGCGUCAGCUGGUCGAGAUGAAAUUGUGAAAGCUCUGAUCAAGAAAGGUGCCCAGGUGAAUGCUGUCAAUCAGAACGGAUGCACGCCUCUGCAUUACGCAGCCUCCAAGAAUAAGCAGGAGAUUGCACAAAUGCUGUUAGAGAACAAAGCCAAUCCAGACGCAAAGGAUCACUUGGAGUCGACUCCACUCCACAGAGCAGCAGCCAAAGGGAAUCUAAAAAUGAUCCAAAUCCUUUUGAAACACAACGCUUUGGUCAACCUACAGGACUCAGAGGGAAACACUGCUCUCCAUUUAGCCUGUGAUGAAGAGAGAGCCGAUGAGGCCAAGCUCUUGGUAUCCCAUGGAGCAAGUAUCUAUAUUGAGAACAAAGAGGAGAAGACUCCACUGCAAGUAGCGAAAGGGGGCCUGGGCUCCAUCCUCAGGAGGCUUGUGGAAGGCUAGCGGUCGUCCAGCUGCUUGAACUUUGCUUUGGAUUAACAUCUGGAAGACGGUGGCUGACCUUUGGCCCGAACUGUCUCAACCUGGAUGGCCGUUGUAGUUCAUCUGCUGUCCGCCCCUACGUCUCCUGCGGUCCAACAAGAUCCCUUUCCCUCCUCGUUCCUGCUGCCUUGGAAAGCGACCAUGCUGGCACCAGAAUUAGAAGAUGUCUGCUGGGGGGGGGAGGGGCUCUUUAAGCACCAAAGCCUCAAGACCUUCCUAAAGUAACCUGCUUGCAAUGUUCAGUGUUUCUCAAGCAACUUUGCAGUUGCUGCUGUUAAUUCUGAAAGUUGUCAGUUGCCUUUAAAAAAAGGGGGGGGGCGCUAGCAGGCCAGUCUGAAAUAAAACACGAUGUGGGAGAA